GGGCAGUAGCAAAGCACUCUGUCGUGCCUCUGUUCGCGCGUGCUGACGCAAAGACGUCGGCAAUAGCUUUGCCCGGCUCUUCCAAGAUGGCGCCUGGGAGAGGCUGUUGUUGAUGCCUGGCACGAUUAGGACUGUCGCGCGCUGCUUCUGCAAAACAUAUCCAAUUCUUUCAACUGUUCUUGAUAGGGCUUAGUUUCCAAACUUCUCAGCUUCCUGGUUGCCCUCCUUCAGACACACUCCAGUUAAGCGGUGGUGCCCAGAACUGGACACAGUACUUCAGAUGCAGCCUGUGCAGAGCAGAACAGAGUGGAACUAUAGUCCUGUUUAGGCAUUCAUUUUCUGCAUAAUAUCAACAUAUGAAAGGUUUUGAAGCCACUCUUUUACCCUUCAAAGCGUGUCAAACGGGAACCAUUUUACAGUGAUAAAUGAAGGAAAAUAAAGAGAACUCCAGUCCUUCUGUAACACUGGCAAACCUGGACCACACAAAACCAUGCUGGUACUGGGAUAAAAAAGACUUGGCACAUACGCCAUCACAACUAGAAGGACUUGAUCCAGCUACCGAGGCAAGAUAUCGGAGAGAAGGUGCUCGGUUCAUAUUUGAUGUAGGAACCCGUUUGGGACUACAUUAUGAUACUCUGGCAACUGGAAUAAUUUAUUUUCAUCGAUUUUAUAUGUUCCAUUCCUUCAAACAGUUCCCGAGAUAUGUGACUGGAGCUUGCUGUCUCUUCCUAGCAGGGAAAGUGGAAGAAACACCCAAAAAAUGUAAAGAUAUAAUCAAAACAGCUCGUAGUUUACUAAAUGAUGUGCAGUUUGGACAGUUUGGAGAUGAUCCAAAGCAAAGAAAUAACCCACUGCACAGGGGAAGCAGUGAAACUGGCCACACAGAGUGCAGCCAUAUGCAUACAGAAGAAGUUAUGGUUUUAGAGAGGAUCUUACUGCAGACAAUAAAAUUUGACUUACAAGUGGAGCAUCCUUACCAGUUCCUGCUUAAAUAUGCUAAGCAACUCAAAGGUGACAAGAACAAAAUUCAAAAACUGGUUCAAAUGGCAUGGACAUUUGUGAAUGACAGUCUCUGCACUACAUUGUCACUGCAGUGGGAACCUGAGAUUAUAGCAGUAGCUGUUAUGUAUCUUGCCGGUCGCUUGUGCAAGUUCGAGAUUCAGGAGUGGACAUCAAAGCCAAUGUACAGAAGGUGGUGGGAGCAGUUUGUGCAAGAUGUACCUGUUGAUGUCCUAGAAGACAUCUGUCAUCAGAUCCUGGAUCUGUACUCGCAAGGGAAGCAACAAAUGCCUCAUCACACACCCCAUCAGCUCCAGCAGCCUCCUUCCCUUCAGUCAACCCCUCCGGUGCCUCCCACCCAGCAGCCUCAAGGUCCAGAGCAGUCACAGCCACAACAGCCAAAAGAGCCUCAACAGGCCGGACAGCAGCAGCAACAGCAGCAGCAGCUGCCGCAGCCACUGCCGCCGCCCCAGACGCAGCAGGCCAAAAAACCAUCUCCUCAGUCAAGCCCCCCCAGGCAGGCAAAACGACCAGUGGCGGCAUCACCAAAGGAAGAAACCAAAACUGCAGAGGCUCCUCCUUCUAAAAUUGCUAAAAUUGAGGCUUCUCAUCCACCAGCACCCCCUGCGCAUCCACCACCUGAGCAUAAGCCUCCUCCGACAACUGCAGUGUCCGUGGGAGGUGAUCAGAAUACUACAGUAGAUUCUGUAGAUAUGGCAAAGGUCCAGAUUGCUCCUCCAUCACAUCCAGCUCCUGUGCAUCAGCCACCACCUAUGCCUCACCGCCCACCACCCCCACCUCCACCGUCUAGUUACAUAACUGGCAUGUCCACUACCAAUUCUUACAUGUCAGGAGAGGGAUAUCAGAGUCUUCAGUCAAUGAUGAAGACAGAAGCACCAACCUAUGGAGCUCUACCACCCUCCUAUGGACAUCCAGCUCACUUGCCAUAUCACCCCCAUGUGUACCCCCCCAACCCUCCACCACCUGUUGCUCCGCCCCCGCCCACAUCAUUCCCCCCACCCACUAUUCCUCCUCCUACCCCAGGCUACCCUCCACCACCUACCUACAAUCCUAACUUUCCACCCCCUCGGUUACCUCCCUCUCAUGCUGUCCCACCUCAUCCUCCUCCAGGACUGGGAAUGCCACCAGCAAGCUAUCCCCCUCCCACAGUGCCCCCUGGUGGACAGCCACCAGUUCCACCUCCAAUACCACCACCUGGCAUGCCGCCUGUUGCUGGACUUGGCCGUGCUACCUGGAUGAGAUAGCAGUUGUACAUAAAAUAUGCUUCAACUCUGGGAAAUGGUUUAAAUAAGAUGUUUGAGUGGCAACUAGGGAAAUAGCCUGCAUAAUGUAGAGACUGAUGUAUGAAAUCUAGAAGGCAGUGACUUAGAAUUUUAUUGGUUUACUUACGGUUAGUAGAGAGCAAUACAGGCUUUUCGUUUCAGUAUUGCAAAGUUAAUUAUAAUUCAAGUUGUUCCAAGUUAAUUCUCGCACUGGAUUACUUUGCACUAGUAAAAAUGUUUUAAAAGCCAUAUUGGCUCAGUUAUAUUGGUAAGAAGAAAACUUGCUUCUAGAGAUCAGUGCCUACUUUUUGAGUAUAUCAGGAUUAAGGUUAACAUUCCAUCUCAGAGACCUUCAUGGUUUUCAUAAUCUAAUGUUCCAACAACACUCAGAGCCAAGUUUGUUUUAUAUAUAUAUAUGUGUGUGUGUGUGUGUGUAUGCGCACAUAUAUAACAUUUGCAACCUAUAGCUGAUGAACAUCCAUUGGUGUUUGGCUUUUUGCCAUUUUUGUUUUGAAAUGUACUGGGAUCUUGACCCGUACUGUAUGUUUAAACCUAUGUGCAAAUUCCUGUACACAAAUAUCUAUAUUUUCUAAGUGUAAAGGUCUGAAUGUAAGGGCAUACUGUGAUUUACAACUUGGUUUAAAAAAAUACUGACUUUGUGGACAUGUACCCAAAUAAAUCUUGUUCUGAAA